AUGCUGAAUGGCACCUCCACCCCGAAAUUUGUGCUGCUCGGCUUUCCUGAGCUUCAGGAGUUCCCAUUACUCUCCUUUGUCAUUCUCCUCUCCAUCUAUCUCUUCAUACUCCUUGGCAAUGCCUUGAUCAUUGUCCUCUCCCAUAUAGAUGUGAGCUUGCGAUUCCCCAUGUACUUCUUCCUGAGGCAUUUCUCGUUCCUUGAGAUGUGUUAUACCUCAGUUACUCUUCCCCAACUGCUGGGAAAUGUCCUCAGGGCAUCCUGUGCCAUCUCCUUCUGGACCUGCCUUACUCAGAUGUAUUUCUUCUUUUUCUUUGGUUCCACAGAGUUCCUUCUCUUGGCUACCAUGGCCUAUGAUAGGUAUUUAGCCAUCUGUCACCCACUGCAAUAUCCAGUUCUCAUGGACAGCCAUGCUUGUGCCUGCCUUGCCUUGGGUUCCUGGCUGAUUGGAUUUUUGACCCCCUUCCUGCCCAUAGCCUUCAUUUCACAGCUGCCAUUUAACAGCAGCAACCAGAUCAACCAUUUCUUCUGUGACACAGGGCCCUUGAUUAAGCUCUCGACUGGAAAUACUUUCAUGGCGGACACAAUAGUAUUCCUGGUCGCUGGGGUAAUUGUCCUCCUAUCUUUCCUUCUGACAUUGACUUCAUAUACGCUGAUUGUUUCAACCAUCUGCCAUAUCCCUUCUGUGUCAGGAAGGCAUAAGGCCUUUUCUACCUGUUCCAGUCACCUCAUGGUGGUUACAAUCUUCUAUGGGACAGUAAUCUUCACAUAUCUGUGCCCUCAUUCUGAUCAGACUUUUGAAAUGGACAAAGUUGUCUCUUUGCUCUAUGCUGUUGUCACUCCAGUGUUGAAUCCAAUUAUCUACACCCUGAGAAACAAAGAUGUGAAAAGAGCUGUGGAAAAGAUCCUCUACCAUAUAAAGAACAAGCAAAGAAAAAUAUCAUAA